AUGCCUGCUCCGGCAGAAGAAGCCAUUCGCACGGUUUCAGCCUUGGCUACGCAACUCGGCAACCAAAUUUCGGUUUAUAUGCUCAACUACCUCAGCACCACCAAUGACCUCCCCGACGGCUUCCGCGAGCUUUCACACACUUUCCUCGAUACUUGUCGUACUCUCUGGGCCAUUGAGGCUGGCGUGACCGAAUUAGCUGGCGCCAACCGCGCACUCCCCGAGGUCAUCAUAAACGAGGUGGAAAAGAAAUUCGUCGCUGCCUACCGUGAUUUUCAACAUCUUGAGAAGGUGAUUUUGAAGCUCGUGCAGUAUGAGCACCGUGGGACACUUGGCAAGCUCCAGCGAGGAUGGCAUCGCCCGGGUCACGAACUCAACCGCAUUCAUGAGUCGCUCAAGAAAACCAAUGAAACCCUCCAGAUUAGUGGUAUGGCUUUUCACUGGUCUCUGGGUGAAGCCCACCCGGAGGAAUCGGUCGGCAUUGGAUACGCCAGUUUGGCUGCUGCGCUCGACCGCAUAGCCAAAGGCCGAUCGGUGAUGGGCAUCAACAAGGUUAUGGCCAUCGAACAUGACCAAUCUGUAUCAUCUUUCAAAAGCGUAUCGCCCAAUUCUAUACACUCAUCACCAUCCGUACCCCCCAAGGAAUCGCCCGCCACUCUCCGAAGUAGCCCGAGAUAUCUUGCGGCCAGAGAAUCGAGUCAAGACAAUACACACGAUCCCGAAAGUAUCGCGGACGACAUGUCAUCGAUCCUCUCCCUGAAUUGUUUUCUUAAUUCUCAUCCCAGUCAAGAGGCGGAGACAUCCCCCCCCCUUGAGCAUCGGCCGUUGCCGCCACAUCCAACCAAGACAAGUUCGGCGGCCUCUCUUGCGGAAAUAAACACGAGACGGGUUAUAGACUUGGAUCCUAGUUCAAGGAAAUCUGGAAAGCCUGGACCAUUGACAUCAGAUGCGUUUUCAAAGCCGCGUCAUGUACCCCACCAGUCGAUACCUAGUGGUGGCCCUAAGCCGCGCACUAGCAUUGCAUCCGCCCUGCGUGGGCGUGAUCAUACUUUGCUCGAACAGCUACUCAGUAGUGGGAUGUCACCGGACAAGCAGGACCAUUUUCAUCCGCUCAACGAAGCUGUCAUCCAACGCGACAUUGAGAAUAUACGGCUCCUAUUGCUCUUCAAAGCGAACCCAAACAUUCCAGAUUCCCAGGGGAAAACGCCGCUUACUUUGACUGUAGAGCAGACAUUCGUGGAUGGUGCGGUAUUAUUAUUACAGCACGGCGCCGAUGCAAACUACAAAGUGAAGGGAGAGCUUGAGUCACUCCUGGCCGUUUCUAUCGCCAACAACAAUCUUGAGCUAACGCAAUUACUUCUUGCACAUGGUAGCAAUCCGAAUGAGGAGACCCGCAAUGGCACAAAUUUGUUGAUCGAGGCCAUCCGCGAGCGGACAUCGCAUCACCUGGUCGAGAUCUUGCUAGAUGCCGGCUGCGAUCCCAAUUAUAAAGACAACCAAGGCAAGACUGCGCUGUGUGAGGCGGUACAAAGCGACCAGCCAAGCAUUGUGAAAGCUCUACUGGACCAUCACGCGAAUCCAAACCUACCAGGUCCUGAGCAUGCACUCUGGUCCGCUGUCCACCACCCAGACUGUCUGCACAUCCUGCUCUCACGCGGCGCCGAUAUACGAAAGACACCUGGUAUUAUGGAGCAGGCGACAAGUGUCAACAGUAUUGAUGCCGUUGGCGUCUUGCUAGAGGCGGGCGUUGACCCUAACUGCAAGAAGGACGGAACAUAUACGCCACUGUGCUCGGCCAUCCGUGAUGACCGACCAGACAUUGUCGCGUUGCUACUCAGCCAUGGAGCCGAUCCCAAUUUAAUGGCGUCCGAGUAUCCAGCUUGGAAAUGCAUCACCCACAAUCGCCUACACUUCCUUCCAGACCUGGUGACAGCGGGUGCGGACCUCCGCUAUCCGCCAGGCAUCGCCGAAUGCGCCGUGCAGUUUAAUAACCCAGAGGCCCUACACUGGGUUGUGGAGCAAGGAGGCGCCAACCCCAAUGAUCGUAACGACCUAGGCCGCACAGCUCUCACCACCGCAAUCCGCGAGAAUCGCCCGGAGAUGGUGAAGUGGUUGCUGGCACAUGGCACCGAUCCCAGCAUUCGUGGGCAAGACUGGCCCGUGUACAUGGCGACCCGGUCGCCGACGUUGUUGCGGCUCUUAUUGCCCGCCAUCACUGACCUGGCCGCGCACAAGGGCGUCAUGGAGAAGGCGGUGCAGGCGAACCAACUGGAGAGUGUCAAGUUACUGCUAGCAGCCGGCGCUAGUGUUGAGUGGAAGAAUGGCGGCGUCUUCUCGCCCCUAACAACGGCGCUGCGCGAACGUCACUCGGCUAUUGUGCAUUUCCUCUUGAGCGAGGGCGGCGCCGAUCCCAACGCCCCUGGAGAACAUUUGCCAAUUGUCAAGGCAAUACGGCGGUGCGACGAUGGUGAUUUUUCAAUGAUCGAGCUGCUUCUCGAAAAGGGCGCCGACCCGAACAAGUGCUAUCGGGGCUGGAAUUCGAUUAUGCAGACCAUUGAAAACCGUGAUCUCCGGCUCCUGCAGCUUCUAAUUGAGAAAGGCGGUCCUGUUGAUUUCACACAGAAAGACGAAGCAGGUCAAACGGUCCUUGAUAUGGCUGAGGCUUCCGGCUGGCCGGAAGGGACUCAGCUUUUGCUCAAGAACGCUCGCUCAGGAUAA